AUCGCGCUGAAAGCAGAACUUGUUUAUAAACAACUGCAGAGUGACAAGUGUCGUUAAUUGCAUUUAAAAACUGCGACCAACAUGUGGUCGCGCAGCAGCAGUGCACGGCGGCAGGUCAGCGCACCCGACAGUGAUCCCGAGAAGGUAUUGAGGCAGGUGCAGGAGCUUAGCGAUUGGCUGGUCGCCAAUCCAAACGUCAACGGCUGCAAUACCUUCGAGAAUUUACAUUUCUUUCUGCGUACCUCCAAAUACGAUGUGGAACGCGCCAAGAAGAAGCUAAAGACAUUCUAUCAGAUGCGUGCAGAGCGCACCGAAUGGUUCGAUAAUCGCGAUCCCCAAUUGCCCGAAAUCCAGGAGUUGCUGCAACUGGGCGUGUUUCUGCCCAUUGGCCCGGACUCGGAGAAACGGAUGGUUGUGGUCAUACGGACUGCGGCUCAUGAUCCCAAGAAGCACACACAGAACAACGUCUUCAAGACCAGCAAAAUGAUAUUGGACUUGCUGUUGAAGCUCGAUCCCGAUAGCUGUGCUGAGGGCAUGGUGGCCAUACUGGAUAUGCAGGGCGUUCAACUGGGCCAUGCCCUGCAACUGAAUCCCAAGCUUAUCAAGCGGUCGGUGGAGAGCUGGACAGCCUAUCCCUGCCAGCCCAAGCUAUUGGAGUUUACCAACGCUCCGCGUCAUGUGAACAUCUUUCUGAAUACUUUCCGGAUCUUUAUGACACCCAAGAUACGGUCCCGAGUGAUGGUUCGCCGCGAGGGAACCUCUGUGAACAGUCCGCACUUGCCAAAGGAACUGGGCGGCGAGGGUCCGAGCUACGCAGAACUCGCCAUUAAAUGGAAACGGUUGCUGGAGGAGAAUUCCGAUUUCUAUGUGGAGCUAGACAAAUACAAAAGCAAACUCAAGUGAUUUAGGUUAACGGGCCGGCGGCGACGACAAAGAUAAGCCAGCGAUUAGCCAAAUACUAUAGAUUAGGGCGCCUCAUUUUCGAUGCGUAGCAGUUCGCGUUCGCCCGGCCAGCAGUUGUAUAUUCCUUAAUUCCA